AUGAAUGACUAUGAAGAUGCACUUCUUACUCUUUCACUUUCAAUCGACUCUUUGCCUCUGAAGUUAGGUGCACCACCACUAUCACUAUCAUCACCACCUCCUCCUUUUUUUAGUAACGUCAACAAUGAAGGAGCUCGUACGAGAGUUGGUUUGACUCAUGCACGAAACCGUAGGACAUCUACACAAUCUAUUAAACAAGGAAAGAGCGAAGUAAUCACUCCACCAUAUCCUUGGAUGACCUCAAGACGUGCCAUAGUGCACACUCUCGAUUAUCUGAUAUCGAAUAAAAUUACUAUUAUAUCGGGUGAAGUUCAGUGCAAGAAAUGCGAGCAACAAUAUCAAAUUAAGUUUGAUUUGCAAGAGAAGUUCAAAGAGAUCGCGGCGUUCAUCUUGAGAACUAGGAGUCUGAUGCAUGAUAGGGCACCAAUUAUUUGGAUGAACCCUAAUUUGCCUAAUUGCAAAUAUUGCAACCAAAUCAAUUGUGUUAAGCCAAUUAUCUCAGAGAAAAGGCACACAAGGAAUCAUAGAACAGGUGCUAAAGAUAGACUUGUUUAUCUUACAUAUAUGGAGCUAUGUAAGCAAUUGGAUCCCAGUGGACCCUUUUGA